UUGAAACUUGUAAUGUAUUAUUAAUUAUUAUGUUUAUCUAUUUAUUUUAUAAAUAAUUAUUUAAUUUGAAGUUAAAACUUAGAUAAAAUUGUAUUUAUAUUAGUGUGUAGGUAUGAAUUUAAAUGAUUAUAUAUUGUGUACUUUUAUAGUUUUUAUAUACCUAGUGUGUUGAUUCAUAUAAAUGAAUUGCAUUAGAAUAAGGUCGUUUGCAAAAGUAAAUUUAAAAUAUGAAUCAACGGCUGGUUUAUUUACUAAACUGAUUUUUCAUAAGACUACUUUAGUUGUACCGGCUAAAGAAGAACUACUGAAUAAUUCUAUCAAAAAUUAUCAUUAUGACGCAUUUGAUGCAUUCACUAAUGCCCUUGUACAAGAAAAGACGAAUAAAUGGAGGUAUAAUACAUUUGCUGAACAUAAUAAGAUAGCCAAAAUUAAAUCAAAUACAAUUUCUAAAACCUAUCAUGAUAUUGAUUACUUAAUCACAUAUUUGCAACAAAGUUUAAAAAGAUCUCACAGGAUAAAUAAACUAUUGUUGGGUAAAUUCAUGAUCACGGUUUCCAAACAUGGACGCAUUGAUGGAUUAAAUAUUAUUGAUCAAUUAUGUGAUCUAUAUGAGUAUCGCGUUACAGAGAGUAAAUUAAAAAUGUAUUAUGCUGAAGCAUAUUGGGUAAACGGCAAUCUAAAGAAGAUGUUUGAAAUAUUAGAAUGGUUUUAUCCUAUUCAUUCAACAAAAGUUUUACAUAUCAUAGAUCCUAUCAUAUGCAAUAUAGUAAAAUCUCAAGGUGAAGCAUCGGUCGUGAUGGCUUUGAAUUUUGUAAACACUAUAAUGAAUAAAUACAGUGAUUUUUAUCCGAUUAGUGUGCUUUGGAAAUAUUUGUUCACAAGCGAGUUAUACAAUGACAACAUAGAGGCUGAGCGAUUAGUUCAAACCAACAGUCAAUUAAUUGAUCAGAUACAGUAUAUGGUUCCAACAAUUACUCGAGACUUAAUAAAAAUUAAUAAAAUAGAACAUAUUUAUAAAUUGAUGACUUUGAUGUUAAAAUAUAAUCGCAUGGAGUCCUACAAAUGGAUUCUAAGACAUUUAUUUAAUUAUUAUUAUAUAAUGCAAAAUGUUCGCCAGUGUAAAGAAAUAAUGAAACAUUCAAUAGAAUUGAAUAUACCAUUGACAAAUAUACAGCAAUCACAAUUAAUUAACAUGGUUUUUAAAAACAAACAACCAAAACAGAUUAACAAAGAUGUUACAACAACCAUAUUCAAACUUAUGUUUUAGAAUAGUGUGAUAGAUGUUAACACAGCAAUAUUUUUGUUCUUGUUAUAAAAAAUAAUCUUGCUUAACUAUAAGACUUACAACUUGUUAAUAAUAUGAAUAAAAGUUUUACA